UUGGCUCUUUAAAAGCUGCUGCCAGUGGUAUCUGUCAGCCUCAUUAUCACCAUUUCUUGGCUUGAGCAAAUUGCUAGCCACUUUUCAAAGCUGAGUGGGAAAUAAACCAAAGGAGGCUUCAUUCAGAGGUCCUCGGAGGCAUCAACAAAUCAAGCUCUUGGACAACUUUCAAGGAUGCGUUUAUGUCUGAAUGUGCUGGGGCUGCUUUUCCUGCAGGCAGGCCUCUCAAGCCCCAGGCCGCCAACUACGCCGUCCAGAGGAUGUCCUGGGUGCAAAGGGAAGCCUUCCCAAACGCUGGGAGAUUUAAACGUCACCACUCUGGCCCUGGGAGAGCCGUGUGGGGUCUACACUCUGAGCUGUGCCAGCGGCCUGCGUUGUGCACCUGCGCCAAGCGACCCCAGACCCCUCCGCGCCCUGCUGGAGGGCAGAGGGGUCUGCAGCAAUGUCAGCGUCAUCAGCUGGACGGAAAAUAGCCAGACUGCAGAUCCAGCACCAACUGAGGAUCCAGAGGAGGCCCCAUGUCGAAAGCUACUGACAACACUUAUUAGAAGCCUGGAUAGCUAUUUAUUCAAAUCACAUCAUGAUAUCUACAUGCCCAAUUGUGACAAACGUGGCUUUUUCAGAAAGAAGCAGUGUUGGUCCUCCCGAGGUAAAAAACACCGCGGUCGCUGCUGGUGUGUGGACGAGAGUGGCAUGCCAGUGACGUCAUAUAAACACAAGGACAGCCUGGCUUGUUGAUUAAUCUUGGAUUAAUGAGGGAAACAAAGACUGCAGCGUCGUUACCUUUGAGGGUUGAAGAAAGAGGACCUGAAGGAACUCUCCUCGUCUACUCCAUUAACCGGAUGCCGUUUCAGGAAGAAUUUGGAUUAUUUGCGCCCUCUAGUGAUUAUCCAGCGAACUGUUCUGAUCCAGAGUGAUAGGCACCUGUAAUAAUGUUAGGUACACCUGUACAAACCCAGUAUAAGUGGUGGCACCAACAUACAUGACCCACAAAAUAUGUCUAAAUAAUUGGAAACUGACAAAUCAAUAUGUUUUGUAUUGGUUGCCGUGGUAACUGUUUGAAAUUGGAAGGUUUUUCUUAGAACUUCAUUGAUCAAUAUAAGCAACACAUUUGCAUUAUACAAGACAGUAACAGCAAGUUAGUAUUGGAUCUCAUUGCUGGUGUAAUUGCUAUCUGUUGUGUAUUUUUUUUUCUGAAUAUUGAAUCAUUUAAUACAAAAAGUUGUUAAAUGUCUUUGGUUUGUGGAUUGUUUGCAUAUAUAAUUUUCUAUAGCAUUUUUACACAAAACUAUAUUUUUACACCUCUGUAAUUGUGUAAGUGUACUAUGACUUUUUAUUUAUGUUCCCAUUCAUCCAUAUUUAUGUCAGUGUU